AUGGUAAUCCUUCUGAACUGUGUUACUCUGGGAAUGUUUCAACCGUGUGAAGAUGUGGACUGCUCAUCAGACCGGUGCCAAAUUCUUCAAGUAUUUGAUGACUUCAUCUUUAUAUUCUUUGCAAUGGAGAUGGUGGUGAAGAUGGUGGCCUUGGGGAUUUUUGGGAAGAAAUGUUACCUUGGAGAUACAUGGAACAGACUGGAUUUUUUUAUCGUAAUGGCUGGGAUGGUGGAGUACUCCCUGGAUCUACAGAAUAUAAACCUUUCUGCAAUCCGAACUGUGCGUGUGCUCAGACCACUGAAGGCCAUCAACAGAGUACCUAGUAUGAGGAUUUUGGUGAAUUUGCUCCUGGACACACUGCCCAUGUUGGGAAACGUACUUCUUCUGUGUUUUUUUGUCUUCUUCAUAUUUGGAAUCAUUGGGGUGCAACUUUGGGCAGGUCUUCUACGUAACCGUUGUUUCCUAGAUGAAAACUUUACUAUACAAGGCGAUAUAACAUUGCCACCUUAUUACCAACCCGAAGAAGAUGACGAGAUGCCAUUUAUUUGUUCUUUAUCUGGUGAUAAUGGAAUCAUGGGAUGCCAUGAGAUCCCACCUCUCAGGGAUCGGGGUCAUGAAUGCUGUUUGGAUAAAGAAGACUAUUAUUAUUAUAACUCCAUCCGUCAAGAGUUCAAUGUCAGUGGCAUGUGUGUCAACUGGAAUCAGUACUAUAAUGUCUGUCGUACCAGCAACACUAACCCACAUAAGGGAGCCAUCAAUUUUGACAACAUUGGCUAUGCUUGGAUAGUAAUUUUCCAGGUAAUUACGUUGGAAGGCUGGGUGGAAAUAAUGUAUUAUGUCAUGGAUGCUCACUCCUUCUACAAUUUCAUUUAUUUUAUCCUCCUCAUAAUAGUCGGAUCGUUCUUCAUGAUCAAUUUGUGCCUGGUUGUUAUUGCCACUCAGUUCUCCGAGACCAAGCAAAGGGAACACCAGCUGAUGCAGGAGCAGAGGGCUUUGUAUUUAUCUUCUAGUACAGUAGCUAGUUAUGCUGAGCCUGGAGACUGUUAUGAAGAAAUUUUUCAAUAUGUCUGCCACAUCCUUCGAAAGGCCAAGCGUCGCACAGUCGGGCUUUACAACAGCCUUCAGAGCCGGCGGCAGAGUCGUAUUGAGCUCAGCAAUGCUAAGUUGGGGAUCAAUGGCAAAGAACAACAUCAGCUUUGGGUAUGUCAGAAGCACAACCAGUUGGAACAUACUCCUCAUGCAAUUGUACAGCCUAUAGCGAUGACACUUACCUCUGAUCUUUCAAACUGUCCUCAAUGUACCAAAGCUAAAUGGGAUGAUGGCCGGAAACUGUCUGCUCCAGACAGCAACAAGUCCAGUCUUGAAGGGACACAUGGACAGAACAGUGAAAAAGGGAGUGGUGGAAGUACAUCAGUGCUUGACAAAGAAGGAGAAGAAGAUAGCGAAGAAGGCUUUUGUGAAAGGCUUUGUGUAGAAAUCCGCGUAAAACUCAGGGGCAUAGUGGAUAGCAAAUACUUCAACCGAGGAAUUAUGAUAGCUAUUCUUGUAAAUACAAUCAGCAUGGGCAUUGAGCACCAUGAACAGACAGAUGUUAUUACAAAUAAAACAUGCUGCCCAGGAUAUUUCGUUUUCAUGACUGAAGAGGAGAUUAAAAAAAACUCAAUGCCAACACCCAGCCUGUAG